AUGGAGGCUGAAUCUGAAGUAGUUAAAGAAAAAAUUCACACUGAACCGAUCCUAAAUGACCCGCGAUACAUAACCUUAUUGAGUAUAAUACUGCUUUUGUUCACUCUUGUGUUUUGGUGGUGUUUUUCAAGACGUCGGCAUUUGAGGCGGUCAGUGCUACUAACGGGACUUUCAGAUUCAGGAAAGACUCUUUUAUUUGUGAGACUCUCUUACUCACAGUAUAGACAAACUUUCACAUCUAUGAAAGAAAAUAUCGAAGAAUAUAUAACAUCGAAUAAUGCCCUAAGAAUCGUAGAUCUGCCCGGUCAGGAAAGAUUGAGAAACAAAUUCUUUGAUCAAUACAAAAGCAGUGCUAAAGCCAUUGUAUAUGUUGUAGACUCUGUAACUAUACAGAAAGAAAUAAGAGAUGUCGCUGAAUAUUUAUACACCAUUUUGCUUGAUCCAGUAGUGCAGAGCAAUUGUCCUCAAUUUUUGAUUCUUUGCAACAAACAAGACCAGCCCAUGGCUAAAGGCAGUCAAGUCAUCAAAGGUUUACUAGAGAAGGAAUUAAACUUGGUCCGCGUCACAAAAUCUAGUCAGCUGCAAUCAGUGGAUUCAUCACAAAGCAAUAGUUCUCUGUACCUCGGAAAGCUCGGAAAAGAUUUUGAAUUUUCUCAUUUGAACUGCAAAGUGGAAUUUGCUGAGAGCUCAGCUAAUACUAGUGAUGAUGAUAAUCCCGCUGAUAUGAAGGCUUUGAAGGAUUGGAUCUCAAAAUUAUAG